UGAUAGUAAUACGCCUUAAUGUUAGUGUUGUAUUUGCUCGUUCAAUGUUGGCUGGAGAUUUUACUUUCACGGAUUUUAGACAAGCUUACUGCAACUACUCGCAUAUUACAAAGCAAAUUGAAUAAUAUAAGAACAGUAUUAGGACAUAUAAAAGAAAAUUUUAUUCUAUUAUAAUGGUUGAUAAAUGAUCAGUGGAGAUCUUAUUUGUUAUCAACCUUACAAUAAUAGUUGUAAACCGAAAUCUAUCUGGAACCGAAUAGAGAACUUUAUGAUUUGUAUGAAAGCGAGUUGCAUUAUACAUUUGAGAUUAUUAUUAUACUAGUUGCUUGUGGAAUAUGCAUUGUCGACCAUUCAGUGAUUCUUUACUAUUGUUAUCAUAUUCUGGGAUCGCCCCCUUUUCCAUCAUUUAAGUAUUUGUGACCUGCCUCAUGUCAAAGAUAAACUGGGUAAGAAACCGCAACAAGGCCUUUGGCGACUGCUUGGCUGGUUCUGCAGGACACACAUAGUACUUAACUGGGCUACUUGUGCACCACCGGUUAGACUAAAUGUCAGCCCAAUUAAUAGAAAAAGAAAAGCUGGUGGAGAAACACCAAGAACCUGAAGAAUUACCUGAUUCUGCAACUACUAAUCUUCCUGUAAGUAAUGAUGGUGAUGACGUACAAUCACAAUUGCAGAGUAAUUCUGAAAGUAAAGUACUCCAGCAAACAAGUGAAGAGCAAGAUCAACAAUUAUGUUCAACUCAAACUGAUCCUUCAGAGUGUUUGGUAUCUUCUCCACGUCCUUCUAAUACAUCUCAGCAAUCUCCUCCACUUCCAUGCCAAUCAUUUGAAGAUAAAGAACAACCAGAAAUAUCAAAAGAUAGUCAGUUAUGGAACGAGGAAACAAGUACUUCACAAGAUUUAUCAACAGCACAAAGCUAUGAACAGGUAUUAUUUCAACCAACAACAAUUGAGCAAACUGAACAGUCAGAACACUUUGAAACACAGGAUGUUCUACUUUUACCAGGGCAACAAGAAGGUGUACAACAACUUGUGUUGCCAGACACCAAAGCAGGUUUCUCUCCAGAGUCACAGGCUGGUUUGCAACAUGAACUGGAGCAAAAUAUUCAGCCUAUUCAUGAUGUUAAACUUCAGGAUUCUGUUUCAGAUGUGGAUGAUGUUGAAAUGGGUAAUUCUCAUAGAUCUUUGUCAGAAAUUCAAGAUACAUUGCAUCAAACAUUCAUGCAACAAAACAAACAAGAUUGUGAGACAGAAUUUCAACAGGAAGAGACAAAUUCUCAAUUGGUUACAUCUGAAGCAAAGCCAGUUACACCAGGAUCAGAACACUUACCAAGUCUUGAUUCAGAUUCAAACCAGCAGCAAAUACCUGUGGCAGAAUUUGAACAAACACAAGUUUCCCAUUAUGAUCAUGAAUAUGAACAGACUAUUAACCCAGAAACGGAACAACCACAAUAUGUUGAAUCAGAAUCUACUCAUAUGGUUUCUUCUACACCAGAAUCUGGACAAGAAAUCAAGCAAGAUAGAUGUACAGCUGAAUGGCAACAAAUUUCAGACUCGCAGCAGAUUCUACCAGAAAUCAUUAUACAAAAGUCAAUCCAGCAGCAAACAUUACAAGAUUCUAUACAUCUACAACAAUUUGUACCUAAAGAGCAACUUCAAGAGGAAGAGAAGAAAUAUGCAACAUCUACAAAGAAAGAAGCAAUCAUUCUUGAAUCAGAGCAACAACAGAAGAACUUUGUGCCAGAUGAGCAAGUACAGUUGGCAUUGGUUUCUGAAGAACAAUCUCCAUCAAAAGUGUUACCCCAACUUGCCACAGAAACUGAACAAAUCCCUCAGUUUGUGGGUGCAGAGUCUGAAGCUCAAGAAGUACAAAUUCAGUCAAUAUCUGAAGAAGAGCAAAUGCAAUUUGAGACAAUCUCUGAGGAACCACAAAUGGAGUUUGUGCAAAUACCUAAUGAGCAACAUGUGCAGUUCUUACAACUACAAGAAGAGCAGCAAGUUGAGUUCAUUUCUGAGGAGCAGCAAGUUGAGUUCAUUUCUGAGGAGCAGCAAGUUGAGUUCAUCUCUGAAGAGCAGCAAGUUGAGUUUAUUUCCGAGGAGCAGCAAGUGCAAUUUGCCUCUCAUGAUCAGCAAAAUGAGUUUGAGUCUGGAGAUCAAACAACAGAAUUUUCAUCUGAAAAACACAUGCAGUUUGAAUUGCAAGAACAACAUGAGCAAUAUGUAUCAGAAGAACAGCAACCAGCUAUCACAGAAGAGCAACUGCACUGUGUAUCAGAAGAGAUACCAUCUCAUUUAACUUCACAUGAGCAAUUACAGUUUAUACCUCAUGCAGAGCAUGAGACACAGUUUAUUCCAGAUAUUGAAGAACAGCAAGUGCACUUUAUUCCUGAACAAACACAGUUUAUACCUGAGCCAGAGCAGGAGCUACAACAGUUUGAUGAAAAGCAGCAAAAUUAUGAACCUGAUGAACAAUCAGAGUUUAUAUGUAAAGAAGGGCAACAACAGAAGACUUCGCCAAAGUAUGAACAAUGGCAACCUAUUCUGACAGAAUCAGAGGAAGUAUUACAAGUUGUGUCAGAAUCUACAUUUACUCAGCAACAACCAAUUUUGUUGGAAUCUGGACAUCAUCAAAAAGCUCAACUUAUAUCUAAAUCAGAUCAACAACAGAUUGUGUCUACAUCUGAACAGCAUGUGGGAAUUUUACCUGAUCAAUUGGAAAUCUCAACAGCAGAGCAGGAUCUAUCAGAAGCUGAUGCAACUGUAUCAGAAGCUGAGCCAACUGUAUUGGAAACUGAACAACAGCAACCAGAGAUUGUGCUUGAAGCUGAACAGCAACAAAUUGUUCAACAGCAAGAAAUUGUUAUGGAAAGUGUGUUGCAACAAAUUGUUACCACACCAGGUCAGCAACCUCAAAUAUUAUCAGAAAAUAAUAGUCAGCAAUUAGUAGGGAUUGAUGAUAUGCCUCAAGAACAGAUAUUAUCUGAGAAUAUUAAACAACAGCAAGUGGAAAUUGUUUCAGGAGAACCAGUGAAAAUUAUAUCCCAAAGUGAAUUGCAACAAGAAGUGUCUGAAAACAAACAACAAGAAAUUGAAUCAGUUGUUUCUGAAAGUGACAACCAACAGGAGAUGUUAUGUAUCGAUGAGCAACAACAGGAAAUUGCAUCUGAAAUAUCUGAUCAAGAAAUUAGGUUCCAAGGUUAUCAGCAGCAGAGUAUUGUGUGUGAAAGUGAGCAGCAGUUUCAACAGAUUGUUUGUGAUGGUGAGGUUCAUUUACAACAGAUAGUGUGCGAAGGUGAGCAACAGCAACAGAUUUUAUCUGAAGAAGUUCCACAACAGCAGAUUUUGUCUGAAGAAGUUCCUCAGCAACAACAGUAUGUAUUGUCUGAAGGAGAGCAGCAGCAGCAGCAGCAACAGCAGAUGAGUGAAGGUGUGCACCAGCAAAUUGUGUCAUCACAACAAUCACCAGCUAAUGAGCAGAUGCAUGAGAUUUUGCAAUCACACCAUAUAGUUUCAGAAGUCGAGCAGCCUCAUAUGAUAUCUGAAAGUGACAAGAAACAGCAGAUAGUGAAUGAAGAGAAACAGGCUCAUGUAAUAUUAGAAAUAGAGCAACAGAUGGUUUCUCAAGUUGAACAGCAACCACAGGAGAUAAUUUCUGAAAUUGAGGAGCAGCAUGAAGAGCUGGUUUCUGAAGUUGAGCAGCAGCAAGUUUCUGAAGUUGACCAGCAACAGCACAUAUCUGACACCGUGCAGUUGCAAGAUGUGUCUGAAGUCGAACAUUUACAGGAGAUGGUAAGUGAUCUUCAGCAGCAAAUACCGGAAGCUAUGCAGUUGCAAGAGAUGGUAUCUAGAAUUAAGCAUCAGCAGCAGCUGCAAGAAAUGGUGUCUGAAGUUGAGCAGCAACAGGCAAUGGCUGAAGUUGAAUACAAGCAGCAACACUUGUCUGAAUCUGCACCAGAGCAGCAUCAGCUGGUAUCUGAAGUUGAACAGCAACAACAUAUAGUAUCUGAAGUUGAACAGCAGCAGCAGCAGCAGCAAUUGCCAUCUGAAGCUGUUCAAAUGCAAGUAACAGUGUCAGAAGUUGAGCAGCAGCAAAUGUUGUUGGAAAAUGACCAGUUGCAAGAAAUGGUAUCUAAUAGUGAGCAACUGCAACAAGAAAUUAUGCCUAAUUAUGAAGUAGCAGAGAUAUCAGAAAUGGAGCAGUCACAGGAAAUGGUGUUAAAAUGUGAUCAGAAGGAACCAAUUGUAGAAACUGAGCAGCUACAGGCAGUUGUUUCUGAUAUUGAUUCUCAGCAGCAAAAUAUAAUAGAAUCAGAUCAACAAACCUUUUCAGAAUCUUUAGAGCAAAAUCAACAGGAAAAAUCACAAACACUUUCAGAGUUGAUAAAACAGCAAGAGCAAAUUGUGUCAUCUGUGCAACAAAAUUCAGAGUCAGAAACCAAUCAGGCUGUAGAAUUAUGUACAAAAUCAGAAGUAGAGAAACAACUUCCAGAAAAUGAACAUCAAAAUGAAACAGAAAAUCAGCACAUAGGUUCUCUAUCAGAAUUUAAACAAAGGCAGUCUUUACACACUGCAUCUGAUCUUAAAGUUGAACAGCCUGUACCAGAACACGAACAACAUUCUGAAAUAACUCAAACCCUCUUUUCUGAAACAGAUUCUGAGCAACAAAGUGCAUUAUCAGUUGAAGAGCCACAGGUUUCUACUGAAGAAAAUCUUGGCAAUCAUCCACUAACAACUGAACAAGAUCAACGAUUUUAUACUUUCCAAACAGUUAAGCAAGAUGUAGUUUCAGUAACUCUUCCAGAAACACUCUCAAUAGGAAUGAGUGAUCAACAAAUCGAAGAAGGGAAAUUUUUCCAUGAGGCACAAGAAGAAAAAGAGAUGGUACUAUAUCAAGUUACUGAAUCAGAACAAAAUGCUCCUCAGUUCAGUGUGUCAUUGAGUAAACCAUCUACAGAUACUGAAGUACAAACUGUCUCAGCAGUUGAGAUACAGCUUGAAUCUCUUCCAGCAUCUGAGCUUACCCAACAAUCAACUUGGUCUGAAAUACAAUCAGUUGAUACUCAAGAAUCAGAGAUACGAUCUGUUUCAUUUGUGAGUACAAACUUGCAUUUAGUUUCUUCUGAAAAAUCAGAUGUAGAAUCUAUUUCAGGUUCUGCAUCUGAAUUACAUGCUCAGGAAAUGAAACCAGAAAUUGCUAGUAGUGAAACAACUGAACAGGAACAAUUUAUUAUAGCUAAUAAAUCAGAGUUAGUAUCUGGAUGUAGCACAAAACAAGACUUGCAUUCAGUUCAGUCUAUUGAAAUGUCAGGUCAAUCAACAGAUAAUGAAAAAUCUUCCCCAGGAGCAGAGAUUCUAACAGCUGGACUAACAUUAAAUGAAGAAGUACAAGACUUAGGAAAGAAAGAUACUCAUUUGAAUCAGGAAUUUAUAGUAGAAUCUGAAACAAAAUCUGAUGUGGAUAAUAACUUUGAUCAGAAUCUUCUACUGCAGCAGAGAGAAAAAUCAGAUGUCAAUGAAUUAACAAAAGGAAGUGUUUCUACAGAAAACUCGAAUCUACAUUGUGUUUCAGAAAGUCCUCUUACUGAACGAUUUCAAGAAUUACAAUAUGAGUUUGAAAGCUCUAAGCAACAGAAACCAGAAAGAAGACAAUUGCAAAUUGACCAGUCUCCAAAAUGCUCAGAAUCUUCUUCGAGUCAUCCUUUGUCAGAACAGUCCCUAUCACAAGAAAUGGAUUGGGAACCUGAUAAUGAGGCAUCAAAUGAGCAAAACCUCUCUUCAUGCAGAUCUACUCAAGCUCAUUCUGUAUCUUCCUUAGAACAAACUACAUCUCCCAAAUCCCAAUCAGUAUUACUGCAACAACUUUCUUUAGAACAAGCUGAAUUAAAAUAUGACGAGAACAUGGAUGCCAAAGAAAGUAAAACAAGUAGUUUUGUUGAUAGGAGUACAUAUUUUGAUGACUCACAGAAUAAAUCUGAUAGUGAAUUGCAAUCUUCUCCAAAUAUGUUUUUGGAAGCUGAGGGCUUACUGUCUUCUGCAACAAUGGAUUCUUCUCAGUCGAGUACUGCUGGGGAUUUGAAUGAAAAUAUUGGUGGAAUUCAACAGAAGCGAGGACCAGGCAGGCCUAGAAAAGAAUCGGUUGGAACCCCAUCACAUUUAGUUAAGAAAAAAACGAGAGUAAAAACUGGACGUAAACCCAAAUAUAACCCUGUUGUUGAGAGUUUCAGUCCCGAUAUUGCAAUGGAUAUACCUACUGAAAGUGUUGAUGCAUCCGUGUUCAAACUUCAAGACUCUACAACUAUGAGUUUAUCUACUACUAUUCCUACAACAACUGAAGCUAUCCCAAGUUCAAUUCUUGAUAUCCUUGCUGAUGAAUCAACUGAGACAGAAUUAUCAGAAACACCAUCUGGAGAUAAUCCUUGUGUUGAGGCUAUUGAUAACAGCAUUAUUCAGUCUUCUGACAGGCAACUUUCUGAAGAUUCGAAUUCAAGUGGAAUUUUAAGUAAUAGUCGUACAUGCUCCUUUUGUAACUGUGGUGAAAAUAGCUUACUUGGUCAAGGAAUAUUGUCAAAAUAUGACCCAACCCCUGGAUUUAAUCCUUUCAAGCGGAUACUUCAGCGAGCAAGGAGAACAUCUUCAGAAAUUGAUGAAAAAGGAAACGACAGAAAUCCAAAGCACUUAACAUGGAGAAGACCUAGAGGCCCAUCUAGACCUGCUAGAGAGCGAAGUAAAUCUCCACGACGUCCAAAUCCUCAUAGUAUUCACGAUGAAGAUGGACGGCCCAUGGCAAUUGUUGAUGAACUUAGUUUGGUUGGUCAUUCAGAAGAUGUAGAUGUGCAUCAGGUUUAUGAAAUAACAGGACAUGUAUGGGGUCAUCAGUCUUGUGCAUGUUGGUCUGAGGGUGUAACAAUGAGAGAUGAUGAUAGCUUGCAGUUUGUUGAUAGAGCUGUUUUUGCCGGUUUGACACAGAAAUGCAGUUACUGUCAUCGAUACGGCGCAACAAUAACUUGCAGAAUUCCUCGUUGUACGAAAAAAUAUCAUUAUCCAUGUGCAGCUAGCAGUGGAUGUUUUCAAGAUAUCAAAGGGCCGUCUUUGCUCUGCCCAGAACACACUGACCAAGCAGAGACCAUUGCUGGUCAACAGGCUCUCUGUAUUACAUGUGGCAAAUGGUCUGGCAAUUGUUCUUUGCUAUUUUGCACUACUUGUGGUGGUCAUUAUCAUGGCCACUGUUUACAACCAGCAGUAGCAGUUCAACCUGCUGUACGAGCAGGGUGGCAGUGUCCAAGAUGUAAAAUAUGUCUUACUUGCAAACAAUCUGGUGAGGAAAGUAAAAUGCUGUUUUGUGAUAAUUGUGAUAAAGGAUACCAUACAUUUUGCUUAAAACCUGUGAUGACAGCAGCACCAAAGAAUGGAUGGAAAUGCAAGAAUUGUCGAGUUUGUGGAGAUUGUGGUUCACGAACACCUGGUAGUGGACCAAGUUCUCGAUGGCACCUAAAUUAUUCCGUUUGUGACAGUUGUUAUCAACAGCGUAAUAAAGGAUUAUCUUGUCCUCUCUGUGGAAAAGCUUAUAGGCAUUUUACUCAAAAGACAAUGCUGCAGUGUAAAAUAUGUCAGAAGUAUGUUCAUGUAGAAUGUGUUGAAACUGUAGAUAGUACAUUUUCACUACAUUUUAAAGACAAUGAAUGCCAGACAGAUUAUGUAUGCACAGUAUGUCGAAACCGAGAUUCUGAGCUGUGCAGCAUUGGUAUACGAAGUCAGGAUGAAAUGUUUGAAGAAUUAUCGACUAAAGAUGGAGAUUCUUCUUCUAUGAAAGAAGAUAUGGCUGGAGAAAAUACAGUGCAAAGUUCACAAGAUUCUUUCUAUUUGAAUGAUGAUUCAACUUCAAGCAUGGAUAUUGAUAUGAGCUCACUGGAAAAAGGAUCUCCACUGCAAUUAACUUCCUUGACUAGUGGGUCAACAUGGACUAAAACAGCAUCUAAAAUGCAGCCUGACAUUUUACCAAAAGGAAUUAAGAUGCAUCCUGUUGGCAGGAAGAAAAUUGGUGCUGGAAGGCCAAAAGGACGUCCAAUUGCUGCUGAAAGACGACGUCAACGUCCUACAUCUCUUGGAGAUAGAAGGCGAGGUCCAAGAACAAAAGUGAAGACUGGUCAAAAUGUUGGGAAUCAAUCACUCUAUCCUACAGCAGUGGAUAAUGGAGAAAUUGAUGAUCAUCCAUCUACUGUAGUUAUUGCCAAUUCUAAAGAUGAAUAUGUACUAGAGCAGGAUAUUUGUAAAACUUGUGGGAGUAUUGGCAUUGGAGAAGAGAGCCGAGUAAUCAUUUGCUCUCAAUGUGGUCAGUGUUAUCAUCCAUAUUGUGUAAAUAUAAAGGUUACCAAAGUUGUUCUUCAGAAGGGAUGGCGUUGCCUGGAUUGUACUGUGUGUGAAGGCUGUGGUAAACCUCAUGAUGAAGGCCGCUUACUGUUAUGCGAUGAAUGUGAUAUUAGCUAUCAUAUAUAUUGCCUUGAUCCACCAUUGGAUCAAGUACCUAAAGGACCAUGGAAGUGUAAAUGGUGUGUAUGGUGUGUUAACUGUGGUGCUACAUCACCUGGAUUUUUGUCCCAGUGGCAAAAUAAUUACACUUUAUGUGGACCGUGUUCCAGCAGGACAACUUGUUGUUGUUGUUAUAAAGCCUAUAAAGAAGAAGAAGUAGUCAUACAGUGUGUACAGUGUGAUAGAUGGCUCCAUGCUAGUUGUGAUGGCCUAAAGAAUGAGGAUGAAGCAGAACGAGCAGCUGAUGCUGGCUAUCACUGUUUAUUCUGUCGUCCUAAGACUGGACAACCAGGACCUUUACCCCCUACUCCACCACCACCGCCGCCACCACCACCACCUCCACAAUUGCCAAGGCAAUAUAUUUAUGAAGGUGUAACAUUAUCAGCAUUGGGAUUGCAACAUAUUCAAAAUAUAACUGCUAGCAUGGCGAUGAAAAAGAAACAACGAUCCCGACCUAAGAAGACUGACCCUCAGAUAAAACAUCCAAGUGUUGCUCGUUUAUUAGCUCUAGGGCAGAAAUCAGACUCAUCUCUUGAGAAUGAAGAUACAUGCGAAAAAGAUAUGGAGAUUUCGACUGAAAUAAAAGGAUCUGAUAUGGAUUCUGAUUCAGUCUUCAGAUCAUCUCAGUCAACAGUUAUUUCUCAAUAUGAUGAAAUUAAAAUGGAAGAAGGAAAUGGUGAAGAAAUGAUUAAGAAAAAGAGACAAAGAAAGCAAUUAGGUCUUGGAGUGGGUGGUUUUAUAGUUCGGCAAAGAAAUGUACGCCUGACCGCAAGCCGUCAGUCACCAUCUCGUCAGGUUGAUGUUAAUGAAGAUCUAUUGAAAUCAGAAAUAGGAAAUACAAUUGAGGGUAGCUGCAUUGAUGAAGGACCGUCUUCAAUCACAGAUUCAUCAAUCAGUGGACUGAUGUCAGACAAAAUAAAGAAACGUCGCCGACAGAAAAGGAAAAGUCAACUAGAAGAUAGUUUCCCAUCUUAUCUUCAGGAAGCCUUUUUUGGUAAAAUGCUUCUUGAUAAAUGUAAAGACUCUAAAGAAAAACUGGAUAGUGAUAGUGAAGGAGAAUCUGCAGGUUUCUCUCACAAAUAUGCAAAUGCAGACAUAAAAGAUUUGUGUGAAGAAACUCCCAUUGGUCCAUCGUCACCUGCACCAGGAACUAAUGUUUCUGAACAGUCAGAAGAAAUGCAACCUAUUGUUGAUGAGGGUGAUUUAAAAGAACUUUUACCUGCUGAUUUACUAUCCAGUGAACUUCAGAAUGACUUCCUCAAAAUUAUUGGUGAUGAUUUAGGAACUUCUUCAGAAUUUAAUGGAGAAUAUGAUUAUAAGAGACACCAUGGAAUUAUGUGGGAAUACUGCAUUAUGGUAGAAAAUAGGUUGACAGAAAAUAGCAGUGGUAGAUUAAAUGCUUUAUCCUUAGGUCUUGCCCACAUUGACAGUAAAACAGUAGAAGAUAUAUUUAAGGGUGUGUUGAGUUCAGAAGGAAAUCAAGAAGGUUCUCAGACGACAGGAGAUGACAAUUUUACUACUACAUCAAAUGCUGCAGAGCAAACACCACAGCAGCCAUCUCUUCCACCACCACCGCCUCCUCCACAUCCACCUCCUUCGCCACCACCAUUGCCACCAGCACCUCCAUCUGUUCCUCCUCCUCCACCUCCCUUACCACCCGCAGUGCCAUCAUCACCUCCACCUCCUCCUUCAACUCCUCCUCUGUCCAAUAAUCACAUCUCAUCAGCAGUACCUGAGCAACAUGUACAACAAACUCAACCUCACCUACAACAAUCUACAUCUGUUGGACAGUUUAGUGUGGAUCAGUCAAUUUCAUCUCCUUACAGUGUAUCUCAAGCUACACCUCAACCUAUUACACAUUAUGAAGCACCAGCUAGUCCUGCUCCUUGGUCUGGUGUAAUAGAUGAUGAUCAACCAGAGGGUUCCAGCCGUCGAAAUAUAUUGAAAUGGGAAACUGAUGAAGCUCUUGGGCAGAAUGCCACUAUAUCUCCAGUUUUGUAUGCAAAUGUAAACUAUCCGGAAUUAAAGUCUCAAAUCCCAGAAUGGACAGAAAGAGUAAAGCAAAUCAACAAAAUCUGGAAGAAAUUAACACCUGUUGAAAAAUCUCCUUAUUUGCUAAGAGCACGAAAGAAUAGGGCAAGCAGCAAAAUUCAAAGAGAACACAGAGAAAUAAAACGAAAACAGAUGGAAGCCCGUCAGGUGGCUGCUCAACAGGCUGCAGCUGCAGCAGCUAUGAUGCCACCACCUCCUCCACCACCACCUCCAACACAUCCAGGUUGUUUGACAGGCCUGUCAUCACCUAAUCAUCCAGGAACAGCAACAGCUGAACAUGAAAUAGGAAAUCAACCAUUAACACAUUAUGCCUCAAUUCCAUCACCAUCUUCUACUCUUCCGUCUCCACAACCAGUCUCACCACAACAAAGUCCAUCACCUCAGACUCCAGUGAACCGCCUGGAACAUUUACAGCAGUCAUUUCAACAUCAAAAUAGUCCGAAAAAUACAUCUCCACUUGGGGAAAAUCAAAUUCCUUCAUUCAGUGGCUCAGCCCAAACACAGCACUCUACACAUGGCAUUUCAAGUGAUCAAGGAACUGUGAUCAGUUCUACUCCUCUUAGUAACCAGAAUAAGUUAAAUCUCACUUCAUCAGAUAAUCAACUUUUGAAUACAAUAAAAGCAAAUCAAUCCACUGAAUUGGUAAGUCCUCAAAAUGAUGCUAGUAGUCAAUUUAAUGACAAAGAGCAAACCAGUUAUUUGUCUGCUGCACAAAAAACAUCAGAAGGAUUUGCUACACAGCAGCCAUUAGCUCAUCAAGACUUCCCUCAGCGCCAACAACAAACCAUUUCUCAUCAAUUAAGUCACCAAGCUCUUUUACAACUAAAGCAACAAGGUUUAUUACCGCAACAGCAAGGGUUAAUUCAACAGCAACUAAAAUCCUCUCAAAAUUCAGCCUUGACUCAACAGCAGUUACUGAAACAACAGAAGCAAAUUUUAGCUCAGUUGAAACAAAUACAACAAUCUGGAAAUCCUCAACAGCAAUUAGCCCUUCUUCAACAACAGCAAGCUUUAUCACAACAGCAAGCAAUUUUACAACAACAAGCAAUAAAUCCGGUACAAAAUCAGCAAUCAAUCCAAGAACAACAAGCAAACCAAGAAUCUAAUGUACAUUCACAAGAUCAACAACAAAAAUUAAUUAAAGAUGAACAACCACAACAGACACAGAAUUUGCAGCAGCAGUUGUCAGUACAGCAGUCACAAGAUCAAAUGCAAUUGUUAGAUAAGCAAUUAGCAAAAGAUAAACAAGUAUUAGAAGAAGAUCAUCAACAAGCAUUGGCUCAGCAACGGCAACAAUCUUUGACAAAACAACAGCAACAAGCAUUUGCUCAGCAGCAGGCUUUAUCCCAACAACAAGCUAUUGCUCAACACCAACAAAAGCAACAGCAAGCUUUAGCUCAGCAACAUCAAAGUUUAACACAACAGCAGCAGCAGCAAGCUCUUGUGCAACAGCAGCAGGCUUUGUUGCAGCAGCAAAGUUUAGCUCAACAGCAGCAAAAUUUAGCCCAACAACAGCAGCAGCAAAAACAACAACAAAGUUUGGCUCAUCAGCAAAGCUUGUCACAGCAGCAACAACAGGAGCAAACAAUGGCACAAAAGCAACAACAGCAAGCAUUAGAACAACACCAACAAGCACUAGCUCAAGCUGCAUCCCAUCAGCAAGCUUUAGUUCAACAGCAACAGUCACAGUCAAUAGCCCAACAACAAUUGCAGAAACAAGCUUUAGUUCAACAACAACAAAAACAGCAGGUUCUAGCUCAACAGCAUGCUUUAGCACAACAACAACAGCAGGCUAUUGUCCAUCAGCAAAAGCAAGCUUUGAGCAACCCUCAACAAGUCUUAGCUCAUCAGCAAUUACUUACUCAACAACAGUCUCUCUCACAACAACAGUCAUUGGCAACACACCAGGUUUUAACUCAGCAGCAAAAUCUUACUCAACAACAAGUUUUGUUGCAAAAGCAACAAGAAUUUGCCAAAAUUGCUCAGCAAAGACAAGCCAUUGCACAACAGCAAGCUUUGGUUCAACAACAACAACAGCAACAGCAGCAGCAGCAACAACAGUUGUCACCUCUAAACCAACAUCAAGUUAUAUCUCAACAGGCUGCAUUAGCACAACAAGCUAUGGCUCAACAGCAAAAAGCAAUGGCCCAACAACAAGCUUUAACUCAACAAAUUUCUCUGAGUCCUCAACAACAAGCUUUAGUGCAACAGCAACAGGUAAUUGUACAACAACAAGGUCAUCCGCUAACUCCUCAGCAGCAUCAAAGUUUGUUACAACAACAAGUUUUGGUACAACACCAAAAGCAGCAGCAGGUACUAGCUGCUCAGCAAGUUUUGGCACAGCAGCAGCAGCAGCAGCAGCAGCAUUCUGGAAUGUCUCCUCAGCACCACCAACAAGUACUUGUGCAGCAGCAACUCCAAGCCCAGAAGCAAGCUAUGGCCCAGCAAGUCAUAGCACAACAGGCAUUAGUUCAGCAGCAAUCUCAGUUAUCUAAGCAACAUUCACCUCAUGAACUCCAACACCCUCAUUACAGCAGUUGGCAGAAUUUACCAACAUCAUCUCAUCCGUCACCAAAUCAUUCAAUGGAUUCUUUUUCUUCUGAUGCUAAUAGCCAAUCGAGUCAAGAUCCAUUCUCUGUUCCUGGAACAGGCUCAAGACCAAUAACACCUGCUCUCAAAACAGCUCAUAGUCCUUUAGCUGGAAUUUCAGGUCCAGACAGCCCUUAUGGACAAAAGCCAUUGCUAUCACCUGGUCCGAUACCACAGUCAUCACAAAAAGGAAAUUUUGCCAAUGCAGCAGAGCAAAUGAGAUUUUCAGCAUCAGUUUUAAGGCAUCCUGUUCAUCCAGGAAUGUCUCCUAGAUCAAAUCAAGGUGAUCUCCUCUCCCCAAGAUCUCAGUCGGUGGAUCCUGAGAGCAUGCAGAACAGGACCUUUGAAGUAACAUUUCUUAAAAGUAUUGCAGUUCAAGAAAUGCCAUUAACUAUUGGCAACAGCUAUCUCGACAAAAAAUCCAGUCUAGUCAAGUCUGGGGAACAUGAAGACCAGUUGACAUUGCUAGAUACCCAAAAUCCUUGUGAAUGGUUGGAGUAUGAGUACUUGCCUAACAUUGUUUCACCAGAAGGGGAUUUAAGUCGAUCUGAUGCUCAGCGUCAAUUGCGGGUUCUCUUAGCUCAGCAAUCUAAACAAAGGCAACAGAAGAAACAACAGCAGCAACAAGAUGAAGCUAAUAAAAUGGCAAUAAAAUCUCCAACAUCUCCAAUUUGGCCAACAGAAACUGAAAAUUUUGGACCUGGACCACACCGAAAUCUUCAAGUUCAUUCUCCACUUAGUCCUCAGGUAACACCAAGAGUUCCUGGAAGCACUGGAUUUAUUCCUGGUCAGUUACCUGGCUUACGGCCCCCAUUUCCAGAUGGCAACAAAAUGAAAACAGAAAUGAACUCUGAAGAAUUACAGCGAGCUCAGUUGCUUCAAAUGAUUGCUCGUAGUCGAAAUUCUUGUCAAGGUCCAGCUUCUAAUUUAUCAUCACCUUCAUCUUUAUCAAAAAGCAAUCCUACCAGUCCAUAUGAAUUUGUGCAUUCUGAACAGCAACAACAGUUGUCAGGUGAAGAAACUGCACCAACAAAUCAACUUUCUCCACAAACUCCAGGACAUAGUCAAACACAAGCAACUGCUGCAACUCAGCAGGCUGCAGGCUUUCCUCAGUUCACUUAUUCUUCUACAUCUUUGAAGCAAAGUGAUGGAGAUGUUAAAGAUGUUUUACAAAAACAAGGGGAGGUUUUCAAUCGACAAUUUUCAGAAUAUUCCGGUCAACUAGAUUCCCAAGAAGAACGUAUUUCACAGAAUAAUGAUGCUUUAUUACAACAAAGAAGGCUUCAACUACAGCAACAACAACAGCAGCAACAAUCUAGUCUAGUUGGAAAUAACCAACCACAGUCUGGAUCUCAAGAAAAUCCAAGAGAAACAAAAGACCAAUUUGAUGAUGAUAAUAAAGAUGAAAUCAACGAUUUAUUAAAUGAGGAUGGAACAUUUGAUAUACUCCAGUAUGCUGAUCCAGAAUUGAAUAAAGAACUGGGUACUGACUUUUUAGAUGAGCUUGUAUUGGAUGAAACAGAUUGCAAUGGUGAUUCAAAAGAAGAAGAGCGUCAAGAUAGCCCGGAUGAAAGCAAUAGUCUUGCUGCAGAUGAGAGAACAGAAACCAUUAAAACUGAAUCAAACUCAGAAGAGACCAUUAUUUCUUCAGAAACAAAUGAUUCUAAAUCGAGUAACAUUCAGUCAUCAGAACAAAAAUCACAAUCAGAUUUUCAAGCCAAGUUUUUGGAGUUUAGUCAAAUGAGAAAGGAAGAACCACCUCCAACACCACCUAGUACUUCUAACAGUGAUACAAAGGGAUCAGUUUUGAAUAAAGAGGGGCAUACAGAAAAAUCUUCUACAAUUCAAAAUAGUCGUCAUAUAGCUGCUCUUUUACAAAGUUCUCCUGACCAGAAGAGUUUAGUAAUGAAAAUUGAACCUGAUUUACAAAAUCAGAAUUCAUCACAAAGUGUGAAAGAACAAAAAGAAUCCUCACCGACAUCAUCCAUGAGUAAUUUAUCAGUAUCAUCUCCUAAAGUACAAUCUACUUUACAAAGUGGAACAAUAUGUAAUAGCCCUAUUGAAUCUUUGUCAACAAUGAUUGAAAGAUCUAGACCACCGUCUCGGCAAAUGUCUGGUAUGUUACCAUCACCAAAAGACAGUUUACCAAAAUCUGGACUGUCAUCUCCCAGGACUCCAUCAGCACAUUCUCCCUUUGGACAAGUAUCAGGACCACAAUCAUCUAGUCAAUUGGCAAGACAUUCUCCAAUGUCAGCAUCAACUGCACAGUCACCUUUUAGCCCUGGUUAUCCACAGUCAUUAACUACUGCUAGUGUUGGUUCUGUUUCCUCUGCUGGGCACACACCUCCAAGUGCACCUUCUAGCAGAGCACAAUCACCAUAUCUUUCAGGUGCUGAUAGAGUUAUACAAUAUAAUCAAAAUUCUCAGUCAGCAUCCACUCCUGUUCCUAAUGUUGGUCAGAGUAGUCCAACCUUAGGUUUCCAUCAACUUGGUCGUGGGACAGUGCCUCCUGUCAACCAGUAUAUGCAAGGUACUUAUGGGCAACCACAGACUCAUUUACCACCACGAGGCGGUAUUCUGACACCAACUCCUAAUAGUAUAUUAUAUGGACAAUCAGUUACUAAUCAAAAUUUUCUAAAGCAUCCACAAGCUUCUCCAACUUCUCUUUCAUCAGGAAUUGAUCAAUCUUGUAUUAAUACAUCAACAGCUGCUAUAGUACAACUACCAUCUUCUGCUUCUUUUAAUACUUUCAGUAAUUCUGCUGCUUCUGCACAAAUGCCUUUAAGUACUCAAACAACUACCGGAAAUAUAUCAUGGCCUCUUGAAAGCACUAACAGUCAAGCAUCACAACAAAUAGCACAAAAUGCAGAAUCUACUUUUGAUGUUGGUACUAUGGCAUCACGUAGUUUAUAUGCUUCACCAUCUCAAACAACUGGAACAUAUGCUGCUCCAAACAGUCAAACGGGAUUAUAUUAUCAGCCUGAUGGUCAGUCUUUGAGUCUCCGCCCUAACUUAGAGCAGUCUAAUCUAGUAGCCUCAGCCCCAACAAUUGGUAGUUUGCAUAGGUCACCAACACCUUAUCCUUCAAACCAUCCAUCAUUAACUGUAAAAACACACAUACCUGGAAAGCCAGGUAGUUUUACAAAUCAAGGAAAUUCAGUGCCUAGAACUCUUGCACUUAGUCACACAAGACCAUCACAAGAACAACCUUUGUUAAUACAAGAUUUACUUGAAGAGGAGAAAAAAGAACAAAAGCGACAAGCUGAACAAGCUUUACUGGGUCCUCGGAAACAGGAAGAAAUUUUUGGAGCUUUGCGACAAGCUUAUACUGGGGGCAUGAGGCCACGUUUAGAGCUGUCUCCAAGAUUAAUAUCUCCAAGGGAACAGUCCUGGCCAGUUGCACAAGGAACUAUGCUAGGUAAACCUGCAAAUAAGUCUCCCCGUGAAUCAACAACGCCCACAGUUCAAAAUUAUGCUUCCUUUAUGCCACGGACACCAAAUCAACAAAUGAGUCCACGAACUCCAUCACCAUUUCCAAGUCCAACUCAUCAACCUUUUACUCCAUCACCAUCUUCUGCUGGACUUCAGUCUCCGCCAUUAGCUCGUCCAGCUAUAAUUCCACCUACACCAGAUGCCAAUUUGACUGUCGAUAUUCCUACUGUGCAAUCAAUAAAUCAGAUGGAGGACUUUAAUAACAAUCAGGAGAGAAAUGAUGUUGAAAUGGCUAUGAAAAAAUUGGAACCAACAAUCCAAAAGUUAAAGCGAGUGAGGAAAGCUAUUAAUGCUCGUGCCCGACAGGCCAAAAAAUCGGGGAAUGCUAUUAAUCCAAAUGAUGCCCAAGAACUUGAACGUAUUGCCCCUGAAUUAUCAAAACUCCAAAAACAUUAUGAUGGGUUGCGUAAACGAUCACGGCAGCUUGCAUCCACAAAAGCAGAAAAACAGAAGGAGCAACUUGGGCGAUCUCCACAACAAAAGACUUCACCUGGAGGCCACCCAGGACUUGCAUCUCCAAUGGGCCAGCCACUAGCACAUCUGCAUCCGUCCCCAACUCCAGCUGGGCCCUCCAUGGGUUCCCAACAGACCCCACCCCCACCACCCCGUAUUCCAGGAAGUCAGCCCCCUGUGCGCAUGACCAGGAUGGCCCAAGAGGAAUACAACUCAUAUAUGCAGAAGAAGCUUCAGAUAGCCCAGCAGGCUGGUGGCCCUAGGCCGGCAUCGACAGCAGCAGUAUUUGCAGGAGACAAUAAUCCAUUUAGUGAAGGUUAUCUAGAAAGAGAACAGUUGGAAAAACAGCGAGAACAGCAAGAAAGACAACGUAUGCAACUUCAAAAGCAAAUAAAGCAACAAAAGGCACUUCAGGGGGAACAGUCAAAUGGCUUUGGUAUCCCUCCCCUGUGUCAGCAGAGUUCUGAGCCAACACCGGCUUCUCCUGGUCAAGUUACUCCAAAGGAAAAGACUAAAAAGCGCAAGAAGAAAGCAAGAACACAAGAUGGAGGAAUUGGACAAACUCUUGGAAAUACAUCUGGAAUUGGCAAUGGGAAUUCAUCAGGAUCAGCAAAACCUUUCAAACCGCCAAUGGAUUUAAAUUUUAAACCUCAAUCUGAAACAGAUCGAAGAAUAAUUGAAAUUUUGUAUACUAAUGUGCAACUUCAAAAAGAGGAGCAAGCGAAACAGCAGCAGCAACAGCAACAGCAACACAAUGGUGGGAAAAAUUCUGGAAAAGCUCUGGCAUCUAGUAACCGUCAGUCUCCAGCAACUAACACUAUGGUUCCAGAAUCCAAUUUAACUGUCCCUCAAGCAUCUGGCCAAUACUCACAACAAUUCCAGCAGCAAAACCUUGGACAACAAGCAACAAAUUCUGCCAUUCAGCCAGUUGUUCCUACAACCAUCACAUCAUUAAUGUCAUCUUUGCGGAUUAGCAGUACUAAUGUGAGGAGUUUUGUUAAUCCUACUGGAUCUGAGGCAUACACCAAAGAUUCCAUUAACAAAGGUGUUCCUAUGCAUCAUCUUGGUGUUGAUGUUUCAGCAACAAAUACUUCAGUUGGAUCCAGUUUACCAAUUACUACACUUUCUCAUGUCCACAUGCAGCAGCAACAAGCUGCCUCACAUGUGUCAACAUUUAACAUUAAAAAGGAACCUGAAGAUGUGGUUUCUUUACCUGAUAAAUGUGAAGUAAAGAGUGAGAUUGAUGCUGUUGCAAGCAUUGUUGAUUCAAAGGGUAACCAGAACGUGCUACUGAAGCAGUUGCUGGCUUCAUCAGCUCAUAAUCCUACAAGUGCUGUUGCAGCUGCAGUGGUUGCAACAGUGAAUAGUAGUGCAGCUGUUCAGGCUCCUACUAGAACUACUCCAUCAGCCAGCAGUCGCACUGAGGAAGCUGAUGAAGACAGCUCCUUGACUCCAGAUCAGCUGCGUCAGCUGGAACUCAUUGACAACAUGCCUCUAUGUAAAGAAACUGUGAUUAAUGAAGAAAGUGCUGAUAAUGGUUAUGACACAAAAGACCAAGGAAGUGACUUUAUUGCACAGGGAAAGAAAAAGAUAAUUUCUGAAUUUGGAAUGAAAGAAAAAAGGAAAAAGUCCCAGAAAAAAGAAAGUGAAGGGCAAGGCCCCAAAAAAAGAGCAAAAAAGUCUAAAAGCUCUGAAGAUUAUGAUACUUACAUAGAUUCCUUCAUGGCCCAGUUAAAGAAUAUGCCAAUGGUAUCCUUACAAGAACCAACUGUGAAUAUUAAUCAUCAUAUCUGUCCAGUUGUUGGUUACUUCAGUGAUGAAAAUCGUUUAUCAGGGUCCUAUGGUGCUGGAUAUUUGGAAGCUCCUGUAACAGAACAACAAAGAUAUCAUCUCACUACAGAACAAGUAGCAGCAGCUGCAGCAGCCAGAGCAGGUGUGAAUACUGGAGGUACUGUGACAACACCUGGCAACACUGGAGUUACUGCAUCAGCCAAUAAAACAAACACUAGUGAUUGGUUACAAGCAGGAAAUACCUCUGUGGUUGGACUUAACUAUCCUAAAUAUACACCUGUAUUACCACCUCCACCACUCAUAGAGCCAAGACUUGACCAUCCUUCCAGAUCAAGUGAUAGUCCAGAUACAAUAAUAUCUUCAUCUUCCCCUGAAACUGUUCUUGAAGGAGAUGAUUUUCCAGCUUUACGUCCUAUAGAUCCAGCUGUUCGGGAAACAUCUUCCCCUAUUUUGCCUCUUAUUCAGCCCAUCCCAGUUCGUCCAUGUAUCACAUCAGUUAAAGAAGAAAAUAAAUUAUCAUCAGAUUUAGAUACUAAAAUUAUAUGCAAGAAAGAAAUGGAUCUUGUUUCCAGCUGGCCUGAAUUUAGCUUAGGAGAGAAAACUCAGAACUAUUCAGAUUUAAGUGGCAAGUUAAUAGAAAAGGACAGUCUAUCAGCCAAAAUGCCAACAUUGUCAUCAAGUCUUGCUCGACCCUUUAAAAAUCUUACACAGCAAGUAUCUGUGACACUCACUUUGAAAGCAACUGCUGAAGAUGACAUUGGAGGAGUUAUUUCUGCUAUUGCUGAUCUGUUAAAGAUUGCUGUGCCCCCUUAUGAAAUUAGUGAAACUCCUUCUCCUGAAGUAUUGAAGUAUAAUAUGACUCAUAAAGAAGAAGCUGUUAGUAUACAAUCAAUCCAGUCCAUGGUGAAAUCAAAGCCUAAAUUCUGCCGGCAUUGUGAUUGGGCUGUAUUAAGUCCUGGGAUUCGCAAGAAAAAAACUGAAUUGCCCUUUAUUACAAAAGAAGAACAGGAUUCUGAGGAUGAGGAAAUUACAUUUUGCAGUAAAAAUUGUUAUCUUCAGUUUGCUAUUACACAUCGUUCAGCUUUACCUGAAGAAACAAAAGAAGGUGGUGAUAUUAUUGAACAUAAAAGUGCUCUAGCUGAUCAUACUACAGUAAGUUCAGUUGGAGGAACAGUAACUGCUACAACUUGUACUACCACUGUAGCUACAACCACCACCACCUCUACUGCUGAUGCAGCAGCAACCACUGCAGUCACAACUACUGUGGCUGUAACAACCACAGCAAUUUCAAAAACUACAACAUCUAUAGCUGCAUCUGAAUGCACAUCACCUCAAGGUAAAAGAGAAGAAAAUGUUACUACUAACAGUGUUAGCAGGCUAUGUGGUAAGCGACGCCGCAGAAGUAGUAGCAACAGUGUUGAGUCACAGUCAACGUCUUCAACAUCACCAGUACCAUCACAACCUGCACCCAAAAAAUGGAAAGAUGUUCGAUGGAGAAAGUGGGAUAUAAUUUUUGGAACAUUAAAAUUACAAACACGAGAUGAACUGGAUCCUAAGUUUUGGGAAUCAAUCGGCGUGAUCCUUCCUAGAAAUCCAAAUCUUGAAGAUAUUCGAAAAUGUGCCUUUUGUCAUACCCAUGGAGAUGGAUCAUCAAAUGGACCGGCAAGGUUAUUGAACUUGGAUGUUGACAAAUGGACCCAUUUGAACUGUGCCUUGUGGUCUCAUGAAGUGUAUGAGACAUUAAAUGGUGCUCUAAUCAAUGUGGAACAAUCUUAUCGACGUGGGCUUUCACUAGAAUGUUCUAUUUGCCAUAAGAAUGGAGCAACACUUGGUUGCUUCAAAUUCCGAUGUUCCAAUAUAUAUCAUCUUGGAUGUGCUAUUAAAGAUGGAUGUGUAUUUUAUCAAGAUAAAACACUCUUUUGUCCAAGCCAUGUUCCAAAGAAUAAUCAGGAAAAUGAACUAAAGUCAUUAGUAGUUUUCAGACGAGUUUAUGUGUGUCGUGAAGAAGGAAAACAAGUAGCAAGUAUGGUUCAUGAGGAAGAUAGCCGCUUUACUUUACGCAUAGGUUCUCUCAUAUUACAUUCUGUGGGACAGCUUCUACCUCAUCAGAUCCAGACUGGCAAGUUUCACUCCAGAGAAUGCAUUUAUCCAGUUGGUUUUAAAAGCUCCCGGUUUUACUGGAGCAUGCGACAGCUUCAUAGGCGAUGCCGCUAUGUAUGUAGUGUACAUGACAAAGAAGGUCAUCCUGAAUUUGUAUUAAAAAUUGUGGAGAAAGGUUUUGAAGAUGUUAUAAUAAAAGAUAAUUCACCAAAAUGUGUGUGGAUGCAUGUGCUUGAAGCUUUACAAAAAAUGAGAAAAGAAGCUGAACUAGUAAAAAUCUUCCCAAAUUUCAUAACUGGAGAUGAUCUUUUUGGCUUGACAGAACCAUCAGUUGUCAGAGUAAUUGAAUCAUUACCUGGCACAGAUCUUCUACAGAACUACAAUUUCAGAUUUGGUCGAUCAAAUCUGAUUGAAAUGCCCUUGACAAUAAAUCCUACAGGCUGUGCUCGCUCUGAACCAAAAUUAAGAACUCACUUCAAGAAACCUCAUACAUUGCAAACAAGUAUCACUUCCCGUUCUCUGCCUACCACAGUGACAGGUGUCAGUGGUGAUGUUAAUUCCCCUUACAUGAAGCAAUUUGUUCAUUCCAAAUCUCAACAAUAUAGAAGAUUGAAAACAGAAUGGAGGAAUAAUGUCUAUUUGGCUCGUUCCAGGAUACAAGGCCUUGGUCUUUUUUCUGCACGAGAUUUGGACAAACAUACAAUGGUGAUUGAAUACAUUGGAGACUUGAUACGAAAUGAAGUUGCCAACAAAAGAGAAAUAGUAUAUGAAGCUCAGAAUCGUGGUGUCUACAUGUUCCGCAGUGAUACAGACACAGUUAUAGAUGCCACAAUGGUUGGAGGCUUAGCUCGUUACAUCAACCAUUCAUGCAAUCCCAACUGUGUAGCUGAAGUUGUGCCCUUUGAAAAAGAAAGUAAAAUUAUUAUCAUUACAAGCAGGAAAAUCGUGCGAGGCGAAGAGCUAACCUAUGAUUACAAAUUUGACUUCGAAGAUGAUCAGCACAAAAUUCCUUGCUUGUGUGGGGCUCCAAACUGCAGAAAAUGGAUGAACUAGAAUUUACUGAUAGCAAAUUAUAUUUUACACUUUUGUGUAAAUAUGUAAUUCUUGGAUUAUGCUAUCUCUCUGCCAGUAGUGAACAAUUUGUUACAAGUUCUGAAACUCAACAUAGCAUGAUCUAAAACCUUUAUUUGAUUUUUUUUUUAAACCUUAAGUUACUGUAAUUUAAAUAGGAGAAUAAAUUAGUUAAUUUGCUAUAAAUUUAGUGACUGCUGAAGUUUAUUUUGCAAGGUUUAUGUAGUAUUUUGAGCAAGGGAAUUUUGUAUUGCACAGUCAUAGAAUAGGGAUAUAAAAACAUGUGUAAAUAUACUAGCUCUGUACAAUUCUAAUAUAUACUUUUGUUUUAUUAUUUGAAGGGGUGGGGGUGAGGGCAAAACAAAAAAAAAAAA